AUGAAUAAGAAUGUCGGUUAUGGUCUUCUCGCAUGCCUUGUACUCCUUCUUCUCAUUCUUUCUCUUGGAAUUCCGAGAUGGAACUGUGCUGGAUAUAUCCUUGGAUCAACUUGUAUUAGUAUCUCCGCAUAUAAGAUCGUAGGGAUUUUGUUGGCAGGUGCGACUGUUGCGGCCCUUCUCGUCGCCAUUUUCUUAUUGUUAGUGUUCCUCCAGGGUUCAACUCGGAUGUUCAUUGUGGCACUUAUUGCAGCAGCAAUAACUGCACUUCUAGCCAUAGCUGCUGUAUUUUAUUACGCCAAUGGCUUACUUUGGUGGAGUCCGAUUAUCGCAGCAGUUGGUGCAGGAAUUGCACUUGGUCUCUUUGUAGCUCUUCUAUUUGAUUAUAACAGUUAA